AUAUAGAGAUAGUCAUCAAUUCGCCAUCAGAUGUAGUGACGUCAUCCGAGUAACAAUUUGGCUGUAGACAAAAAUGUUCUUCUUCUUUCGGAUUCUUAAAAGUAAAAAAAAAAAAAUUCAACUAAAAAAAAGUGACUGAAAUGAAGGGAGAUUUUACUUCCGGGAUCAGUGGCACACUGCGUGACGUCAUCUGUUGACUUUGUUGUCAGCCUCGAUCUAGUAAGCAUCAUGGACCCUGUUGAUAAAGAUAUUGAGAUGCUCCUCAGUGGAGAGGCGCUGGAGGUUCUGCCUGAUCACGAGCAGACUGUAACCCUGAGGAAGGACGUGUGCUACAUAGUGAGCGCGGUGAUCUUCAACACCGAGGGUGAGGUGCUGAUGGUGCAGGAAGCCAAAAAGCAAUGUUACGGUCGCUGGUACCUCCCAGCAGGUCGCAUGGAGGCGGGCGAGAGCAUCCACAAAGCUCUGCGCAGGGAGGUCAAAGAGGAGGCGGGCUUCGAGUGCCAACCAAUCACCAUGCUGCUGGUGCAGGAAAGUGGGAGGGAGUGGAUCCGUUUCACGUUCCUCGCCGAGGUCACAGGGGGCAGCCUAAAAACCACGUCCGAGGCCGACUCGGAGUCGCUGCAGGCUCGAUGGUGGGAUCGCGAGUCUCCUCUUACUCUGCGCAGCAUGGACAUUACACGUCUUAUCGACGCCGGCCUGAAAUACCGCCAAAAGCCUCGUUUCCCCGUGUGUAACCCUGUGAACAUGCCCUGCUCCGUGGUGUGCCAGAGGCUGCUCCUGGUCUUCAGCUGCUCUGAGCGAAUAUGGCUGCUUGUGGUUAAACACGCGGCCGAUCUCGAGACACACGCUCGGCUUCCCGUGAUCGUUUUAGAGAAGCGCCGUUCGGUCACACGUGCGGCGCAGCGGCUUAUCGAGGAGAGCGUGCGGUCGACCAAUCACGAGCUGCAAGCCAACAAAUGUGGGAUUCUGGGAGUGCAGCACGACGGCAGAGUCCCGGGCCGAUCGGACGGGAUCUGCUUCAAUACGCUCCUCAGUCUGGAGCCUUUGGACAAAGGGGCAGAGCCUGACAGCCCACCGCUUUUGGACAACGAGAAGUACACGUGGCACGAAGUGACCGAUCAGAGCCUGAAAGAGAAGAUACUGAAGAGGAUAACGGACAAAUCGCUCCUGCCCAUGUAUAACAUCUAAUGAUCAUCUUGAGCUAAUUAGCGACAACAGAGUUAAGCUAACGAGCGGUUUCGGCGCGUAAAACUUGGCAUUACCGCGCCGCGUCAAUGCGUUCGCGUCCAAAACACUGCGAGACAAAUGCAUGAUGAAAAACUGUUUGUAACCUAAAAAUCCAUCCAUGGUAUCUGUAGGGAAAGUAAGAAAAAUAGACAGGGGUUUUCCUGCGGAAAAAAAUACGAUUAGUGCAAAGAGCCAAUGCAGCAUUGAGGAUCCUGAAGGUUGAAACCAGUGCAAAAAGAAUUCAACAGGGUGGGCGAUAGAAAUUGUGCAAACACCUCGUCUUAUGGGUUUCUGAGACACUUUUCAUUUCUAAGCAAGUCAGUAAAAGGCAAAAAACGCACAACAACUGGAAAACGAAUGAGUGGAAGAAAGUGACAUUUUUGGGUCUAACAGAAGAAUUUGUGUAAGACGGAGAACAGGAGAGAAGAUGUGAUCAGACUCCCUCACCCCCUCACAAUCACACAUGGAGGUGGAAGUGUAUUAGUUUGGGGUUGUUUUGGAGCAGGGAAAGUUUGGAGACUUAUUCCAGAAAGUGAAAUAAUCCUAAACAAACAUGGCUGCAAUUCCACACUUCACCACCGGGCGAUUCUGUCUGGACUGAAACAGACAUCACCGUACGACUAGACGACGAGCCGAAGCAGAGUCCUAUUACAAAAAUCCUAUUGGUCUGAUUGGAUGAAUAAUACAAUAAUGUCGCGUGGCAUACCAUCAGGCAUUGUAUACAUUACCGUGUUGUAAUAAACUUCAUUCGCACGUA